AUGAACGUCACGGAAAACAUGAGUGAAAAUAUUACAGACAAGGAUAUCCAAAACAAAAAGGAUAAGCAAAUUGAAAGGGAGAAGAAGUUGCAGAAGGCAUUCGAACCAUGGAUGAUACAGAUUGUCCCUGGCCUCAUUCUAGGAAAUGCCUCGUCGUCAUGGAAUACCGAAAUGCUGGUUAAUAAUCGUGUCAAAUCAAUUAUCUCUCUUUCCCAGUGCCCAUGGGGAGAGUGGUCUCAAACAAGAACGACAGUCCCACGGCAUCAUCAUAAAAUGGUUCGGGCUGUAGAUACAUCAACACAAGACCUCCUUAUUCAUAUGAGCGAUACUCGCGACUUCAUCGAUAAACGUGCAUCAUCUGCUCUUUUGUCAGUAUCCUCGUUACCUGUUGAUGAUGAGCUCGUAAUAGAUGAUGAGCCUGCAGCAGAUUAUACGCCAGAGGCGAUCCUAGUUCACUGUGACUUUGGCAUUUCACGCACACCAACGAUCAUCAUCGCCUAUAUUAUGCGCAAACUGCGCAUCCCACCAAUGGAGGCGUUGGAAUUUAUUAAAUCAAAACAAAAAGUCAAACCCAACGCUAAUUUCACUCGCCAACUUCAAGUAUGGGACGAAGUCGGAUAUCAAGUAUGGGAGGAUGAAGAGAAGACUGUCCCAAAACUGCCGUAUAAAGCGUUUCUGGAAGAUCGAGCUGCCUUCUUGAAAGAAAAUUGGCCCCCUGGGGAAAAUCCAUUUGCGUCCUUGACCCUCCUGAAUUAA